CUUAAUUCCACAACAAAAAGUGACGCGGCCAUGUUCAUCACUUCAGCAGCGGCCUUUGUUUGGGCAAACCUAAAUCCCACAAACUAUAUCGGUAGCGUUAGUUUCUGCCCUGAACGCGAUAUUCCAGAUCUUGCGGGGAAGGUUGUGCUCGUUACGGGGGGAAAUACUGGUCUCGGGAAAGAAACGAUCCGGCAAAUCAUCAAGCACAAUCCGGAGCAGGUCUUCUUGGCCGCGCGGUCCGAAGAAAAGGCGCAGAACGCAAUAAGGGAGCUUGAGUCUACAGCCCCCAAUAUCAAAAUCACCUGGCUUCCCCUCGACCUCGCCUCUACGAAAUCAAUUCACGAUGCAGCAGAGACUUUCAGAGCACAUGCCUCGCGCCUCGACAUCCUGAUCCUGAACGCAGGCGUCAUGUCCCUUCCACCAGGCGAGACAGAUCUCGGGCACGAGAUCCAGCUAGGGACGAAUCAUACGGGGCACUUUUUGCUCACGAAAUUGCUGUUACCGGUUCUACUCGAGACCGCGCAGAAGCCGGAUUCUGACGUUCGCGUUAUUUCCCUCUCUUCCAUCGGCCAUAACUUAGCUCCAGAUUUUGAGACCAUACUCCACCAAGAUGAGUUGAAAAAGUGCAAUACUAACGCGCGGUAUGGAGCAUCGAAGGCCGCAAAUAUCAUCUUUGCUGCCGAACUGGCCCGUCGUUACCCCUCGCUUACAGCGGUCUCUGUGCACCCGGGCAUUAUCGUGACGGAGCUUUAUGCCGCCACGAGCGCGAGCAACCCGAUCGCUGCCUUAGCAGUCAAGCUUUUGGGAUUGAUCGCGACGAAAGUUGAGCAGGGUGCGUGGAAUCAACUCUGGGCUGCGGUUGGUGCAAAGAAAGGAGAGCUGGUUAAUGGGGCGUACUAUACUCCAGUUGGCAUCGUCAAGCAGAGGAACCGCUAUGUCGUUGACCAGAAGAUGGGGAGAAGGCUCUGGGAGUGGACGGAGACGGAACUGAAGAGGGACCACAAGGAAGGUUUCAUAGAGCGCAUGCUCCAGCCGCAUCCCCAUCACCAGCGUCGCCGCAGCAGCGUUGGAGAAGGAGAGAUAGAAAAGCCUGAUCUUGCUAUUGGACUGGAGCGUCAGAGCAGCACUGAGAGAAACGAGCAAGGCCAGAAUCAAGCUGAAAGCGGCGGCCAGAACGUACUCCGUCCCCAGCGCAGGAACUCGCGGCUGCAGCGCCUCAAAGAGUUUAUGCAUAGCGAGGAGGAGCUGGACGACGCUGGGAAGACGUAUGCGAAGUUGAUGUAA